ACUGAGGAGGACCCUGCGAAUGCCCUUCUAGAACCACUGUGGCCAGAGAUACAUCAGGAACUGAAAAUUAUUGAACCUGAAGAGGAGCUCUUACUCUUGCCAGCAGCUGCCCCCAAGAUGGGCCUAAUUUCUGAAUCCUCUUCUUCAGUACAAACAGAUAGUUCUUCCUCUGGCCCAGGGCAGAGUCCAACACUGUCUGAGCAGAACUCUGCAGGCAGAACACCACAGACAGCAACUCAGGUGCCUUUAUUUGGUGCCACUGGCAGGGAACAACAAGACAGCCUCCACAACUGCAAGUCUGAUGUGGUUGCACAGCAGAGCUGUGUUUCAGCCCUACCCAAACUGGGUACUCUUCUGACUGGCACAGCCACUCCAAAGAACCAUCACCCAGUGGUGGACAGCAGAAGUGAAUGUCUCACUCCUCCCCUGGACUGGAAGCUUCAUAGUCAAUCAGAAUUUAAUGAGGUUGCCCCAGGUGAUGAAUUUUCUUGUUCCAGAGGAGCGUGUCCAGAGUCAGGGAGAGAAAAAGAUAGCACUUGCCAGCUGCAGAGGGAAAAGGAUGGUCUUACCGGGGUCCAGACUCAGAGGGAGAAACCUGAGAUAAUGAUUGCUGAUGAAAGGGACACAUUCUCCUCCAAGGUGCUGAGUGGAGCUGGAAUCCAGGAGCUGAAGGAGGGCAAUGCUGUUAGUAGAACCCAUGAUGCUGGUGACCAGGAUGAUGAGGAUACAUGGACAGAUAAUGUGCAGAGUUUAGAACUUGUGGAGCCAUGGGAGGAUCACCAGUGGGUUACAAGCCCACUCCAUUCCCCCACCUUUAAGGACAUUCAGGAGAAGAUGAUACAGGAGUUUCAGCCACAGAGCCGGAGAGCAGAGACAGGCCUUUCUCUCAGACCACGAUUCAGUCGCAGCCUCUCCCUGGACAGUAAAGACACAGUGAUGAGUCUGUGGGCUAUCCCAUUCUCUUUCAUAGAUGCCACUGACCAGCAGCAACCAUGCAGUAACAUUCUGCCAGUGACUUGUGAGCUUCCCAAAGCACAACCCAUUUCCCCAUCUAGUCUGGGCAAAGCUAAGCAAGAUGAGAAUGGCACAAGUCCUCCAGAAGAACCUUUGAAACCUGAGCAGCUGAUGUACCCCCUCAGCAGGGAGGAAGCACCAGCUGAGAAAGAAGGACUCUCCAGAAUCUCUCUUUCAGAGCCAGAGGAAAAGGAAGUGACUAUGAGCAAAGAAAACCCUUGGAGCUCAAAGCCUGAGCUGUCUUUACCAUACCAAAAUAGCUCAAGCAGUUCUUCACAGGCAAAGAACACAAAGGAAGAGUUAUCUAUGUCUCAGGACACUGCCCUGGGCAAAGAGACAGUUACCAAAGCAUUGUGCUCUGCCACUGAGUCACAGCUGAGUAAUAAAGGUGAAGAAACACCUCGCAAAGCGAAGACUAGGCCAUCAUCCCUCAACUUGGAUUCACUCCUUCCAGCCCCAGAUUUCUUCACAUUCGAGAGCCUAUCCAUGUCCUCUGCCCCUGGGAACCUCUUGUGCGGGCAGAAGGAAGUAAAAAGCAGUGAUUCUGUCCCAUCCUUGCCGACUGCCUGCCCUGUUGCCAGUAAAGGUGUUUCCUGGGGGUCUCAUUUCAAUGCCCACAUGGAUCUAGACCUGGAUUACCUGGCAGUGGCCCAUACCACCACUGGCCGUCGUAACUCUGCCCCUGUCAGCGUGUCGGCGGUCAGGACCUCCUUCAUGAUUAAGAUGUGCCAGGCUAGAGCGGUGCCCGUGAUACCGCCCAAGAUUCAGUACACCCAGAUCCCCCAGCCCCUGCAAGCUCAGAACACUGCUCCACCAGCCGAGAAGAAGGAAGCAGAAGCCAAGCAGGCCAUCAGGCAAACUCAACGGGUGGCAUGGAGCCACCUGGAGGCCCCCAAGAGCCCACUGGCAGAGAAGAAAGCCAAAGCAGAGAAAGAAAACAGUGACCCAGCUCAAAAGGACUCAGCCUGUCCUUGGCACAGCAGUCUUGGCUCUCCACUGGAGCCAUCUCAGUCCAGUCAUCACCCCGUUCUGGACGCCCCUGUUCUGCGCCGAAAGCGCACGUCUGAGGGGGAGACAGCUGGAGAUAACCCACAGUCCUCAAAGAUGGAGAGGCCAUCAGGGUUCUCCAAGCCUUCCUAUAGAUCUAGGCCCGGGAGGCCCCAGAGUCUGAUUCUCUUCAGUCCCCCUUUCCCCAUUAUGGACCAUCCCUCCUCUUCAGCAGACUCCAGGGUGUUGUUAUCACCCAUAAGGAGCCCCACUCAGACCACCUCUUCGAGCCCCAUUUGUGGUGAUCUGCCUGAGACUUCGCGGACAACACCUGAGGGGGUGACGCUGAGGAACAAAAUGACCAUCCCCAAGAAUGGCCAGAGACUGGAGACCUCUACUAGCUGCUUUUACCAGCCUCAGAGGCGCUCUGUGAUUCUGGAUGGACGAAGUGGGAGGCAGAUCGAAUAG